GUCCAGGCAAUUUACUUGACAGACGAGGCGUUUACGGUAGACAAUGGCUUAUUGACUCCAACAAUGAAACUAUCACGUAAUAAAGCUCGAAAUUAUUUUUCAAAAACAAUAGUUAGUUUAUACACACAGCAUGAGCUUAACUCUUCUUCAACUUAA